AGAUGAGAUACUUUAAACCAUGAGUGAUCUGAACACAUGCCAUAGAUUGGUAUAGAUUAGAUACUUUAAACCAUGAGUGAUCUGAACACAUGCCAUAGAUUGGUAUAGAUUAGAUACUUUAAACCAUGAGUGAUCUGAACACAUGCCAUAGAUUGGUAUAGAUGAGAUACUUUGAACAUGAGUGAUCUGAACACAUGCCAUAGAUUGGUAUAGAUGAGAUACUUUAAAACAUAUUUGAGUAAUCCCAGCAGCCCAGCUAACAAUGUUUGGUUUAAAUGUGACCCCGUUCCUCUGUCAUUAGGAAUCAGGGUGGAACCUUCAGUGGACCAGUAUGGGUUGAAGGGGGGUUCAAUAUGUCUGGCUGUUCCAGAACCUGAGAUUCUCAAAGGACUUCAAUGGAAGACGGGCAGUGAUGUAAUAGUUAGUGAUAAAGAGAUUUCUCCUAAAUAUAAGGAGAAAGUGGAUUAUAACUCUGUCAACCAUUCUCUGUGUAUUAAGAAUCUGCUGAACACAGACAGUAGAAUUUACAUGGGAAGUGCAAUUAAUCAGAGAGACUGGACUGAUUCAACUACCACAUACAGACUAAAGGUGCUUGAUCAUGUUCCCAAACCAGUUAUGGAUGUCACGUCUCUCUUCAACACAAGUGUGGGACUCUGUGACGUCACAGUGAACUGUUCAAUUAAAGAUGGCUGGAUGUUGUCUGUCUGUGGCGGGGGUCAGUGUACACGGUCACAACAGUUACUGUCUCUGUCUGGGGUCAACAUCAUCAUCUCCAAUGGCAACGGGACUAUCCAAUGCACCGGCAGCAACCACGUCAGCACACAGACCAUCUCUCAACCCAUGGAGGACAUAUGUAUUGGUGAGAAGGACGGCAAAGCUUCAGCAUUAUCAGUCAGGACCAUUGUGGCCAAUACUGUUCGAUCAGUGUUUGUUUAUGUUGGAUUGGCAGUCACCAUAAUGGCCAUCAUAAAGGUCAAAAGAUGGAUAUCCUCAAAAGAAGUUGACUCAACUCAGGAAGUCAUCGUUGACACCUCAGUGAAUGAUUCAGCAGAGGUGAGGCCAGAACCACUUGGCCCUCCUGAGGUAGAAACACUUUACAGAAAUAUGCAGAAACCAGGACAGCAACAAUAAAUGGACUUCACCCAACUGACCAGCAUUUUUUAUUACAGACUGUAAUAUCAUGGGACAAAUAUUGAACCCAUAUUUCAUUUAGUAUUAUCUGCAGUGUUUCGCUUAAAGGGAGAGCCGUGUCGGGUCGACUUCCACAACAACUAAGAGCAUUGAAGCAUGAGGCUAAACUCUGCAUGUUCUGAUGUGAAGCACACCCUACACAUGAACAUAUACUCUGUGAGUACAACGUCUUGCUUCUGUGGUUCAUUCUGUUUUUGGAAUGUUGAAUGUCCCACUUUUGUUGUGUUUUUGGAAUGUUGAAUGUCCCACUUUUGUUGUGUUUUUGGAAUGUUGAA